AUGGCUUCCCUAAAUAGCAAAGAAAUGGUUACAGAGAUCCCCACCUGGAUCCGCGUCUUCAGCGACGGCACCGUCCAACGCCCUCGCAAUUUUCCGAUCGUCCCACCCUCACCAAUAGUGCCACCAACACUCGAUUACCCACAAAGCGGAGUCUCGUCAAAGGACGUUAUCAUCUCACACAACCCUACAAUUGCUGCACGCAUUUACCUUCCAAAACUGAAGCACCAAAGCAAAGUUCCAAUCUUGGUUUACUUUCACGGUGGUGGGUUCUUCUUUGAAUCUGCUUUCUCCCAACUCUACCAUGCCCAUUGCAAAUCCUUUGCUUCCCAAACAAACGCUAUAAUCGUUUCGGUGGAGUACAGGCUCGCCCCGGAACACCCUCUCCCUGCAUGUUACCAUGAUUGUUGGGAUGUUCUCAAAUGGGUAGCAUCACACUCUACCAAAACAGAAAAAGAGUCAUGGUUGAUCCAACAUGGUGAUUUCAACAAGAUUUUCAUAGGGGGUGACAGUGCAGGUGCUAAUAUCGCUCAUAACAUGGCCAUGCGUGCUGGAUCUGAGGCUUUGCCAAAUGGGGUUAAAAUAUCAGGUGCUAUUAUAGUUCAUCCAUUUUUUCACAGUUCAAGUCCUGUUGGAUCAGAAACCGUUACAGGGGAAGAGCACUUAAGCCAUGUAGUUUGGAACCUUGUGUACCCUUUUGCACCUGGUGGGGUUGAUAACCCACUGUUUAACCCUGUGGGUCCAGGGGCACCUAGCUUGGCUGAACUUGGGUGUUCCAAGAUUAUUGUGUGUGUUGCUGGAAAGGAUACGCUGAGGGAUAGAGGGGUUUGGUACUAUGAAGCUGUGGAGACGAGUGGAUGGCAAGGGAAGCUUGAAUUGUUUGAAGAGAAAGAGGCUGGCCAUGUUUAUCAUUUGUUCCGUCCUGAAUCUCAGAAUGCCUACAAGUUCAUCAAACGCUUGGCUUCUUUUCUUCAGGAUGCAAACCAUUCUCUCUCAACAACAGCCAUGGCCAAAGAUAUUGUGACAGAGAUGCCAACCUAUAUUCGAGUCUUCAGUGAUGGCACAGUGGAACGCCCACGACAAGCACCAUUUGCUCCACCCUCACUCGAUGAUCCUCAAACAGGAAUCUCAUCCAAAGACGUAGUCUUCUCACUCAAUCCCACUGUCUCUGCUCGCCUUUACCUACCAAAACUCACCAAAUUCAGUCACCAAGAUCAGCGUCAGAAAAUUCCCAUCUUGGUCUACUGCCAUGGUGGUCGAUUCUUUUAUGAAUCUGCUUUCUCUCAGCUCUACCAUAACCAUUUCAACACCUUUGUUUCCCAAACAAACGUUAUUGUGGUUUCUGUGGACUACAGGCUUGCUCCAGAGCACCCUCUCCCAGCAUGUUACCAUGAUUGUUGGGCUGCACUUCAAUGGGUUGCAUCCCAUUCUGCAAAGAACCUCACCAAUGCAGAGCCAUGGUUGAUUCAACAUGGUGAUUUCAACAGAAUUUUCAUAGGGGGUGAUAGUGCAGGUGGUAAUAUUGUGCACAACAUUGCUAUGCGUGCUGGGACAGAGGCUUUGCCUUGUGAUGCUAAAAUAAUAGGAGCUUUUUUGUCCCACCCUUAUUUUGGUAGCUCAUACCCAGUUGGUUCAGAGCCUGAGGUGAACACCCUCAAUGCGGUUUGGAACCUUGUGUACCCAUCUGCACCUGGUGGCAUUGAUAACCCCAUGAUCAACCCUGUGGCUCCUGGAGCACCAAGCUUGGCUCUACUUGGGUGUUCCAAGAUUAUUGUGUGUGUUGCUGGGAAGGACAUGCUGAGGGAUAGAGGGGUUUGGUACUACGAAGCUGUGAAGAAGAGUGGGUGGCAAGGGGAACUUGAGCUGUUUGAAGAGGUUGAAGAGCAACAUGUUUAUCAUAUCUACCAUCCAGAGUCUGAGAAUACCACGAAAUUGAUCAAGCGUUUGGCUUCGUUUCUCCUCCAGUGAAAGAAACUGUGUUCGCUUGAUUUGUCCUGUUCUUGUUUUGCGAAUUAUUGUGACAAUCAAAAGAUGCUUUCUUUGUUUUGCGAAUAAUUGAAGACUAACCAGAUGACCCAGCUCUUCUUCAACAUCUGAAAAUUUUAAAUUUAAAUGCUUUCAUGUACUCGUGUCGUGUCCCUUGUUCUCGGCUUUCUCAUUUCUUCUUGUUGACGCAUAUCGCAUUAUUGCAUUAUGGCUUAUUCUUAUUAUUAUUAUUUAACCGUUUGGGCUAUACUUUUCUCUUCUUUUAAAU